AGCUGGCUCAGGCCUCAAAGGAAAGCCAGGACGCAGGCUCAAGUCUUAUGACGUGAGUUUUGGAAGACUCGCCCUAACGUGGCUAAUUCUAAUUAGCAAAUCCUUGUCUUCUUCCCAAUCUGACGACAACGAGUAUAUACUUUAUCAUUCUGUGUGCGGCUUCGAUCCAGCCUCUGCUUCAAUCCCCUGCUCUCCAAUUCUAGGCAAAACCAGCUGCUCCAAUCCCAUGGCUCCAAGGCACCCCACGUUUCUCUCUCCUUUCCAACACCAUUAAUUCCACUCACUUGUCCAUGGAUUCUACACAGAUGAUCGCUAUUUCCUCAAUUUUGUCCUGGAUUCCGCUCCCCUCUUCGGUUUUGUGUUAAUUAGUUAAGGGGGUUGUCGGAGAAAAUGGAGGAGAGGGGUGUUCUGUUCGGGAAGUACGAGUUGGGGAAGGUUCUCGGAAAAGGCACGUUCGCGAAGGUUUAUUACGCGAAGGAGAUGGUUUCCGGCGAGAGCGUAGCUAUCAAGGUGAUCUGCAAGGAUCAGGUAAAGAGGGAAGCGAUGAUGGAGCAGAUUCUGAGGGAGAUUUCCGUGAUGCGACUGGUUCGACACCCGAAUGUGGUGCAGCUGAAGGAGGUUAUGGCGACCAGGUCCAGGAUUUUCUUCGUGAUGGAGUAUGUGAAGGGCGGCGAGCUCUUUGCUAGAGUGGCGAAGGGGAGGCUUCGAGAAGACGUGGCCCGUAAGUACUUCCAGCAACUGAUCAGCGCCGUCGAUUACUGCCACAGCCGCGGCGUCUCUCACCGGGACUUGAAGCCGGAGAAUCUGCUUCUCGACGAGAACGAAGACCUUAAGGUCUCCGACUUCGGGCUCUCCGCCUUGCCGGAGCAGCUCCGCAACGAUGGCCUGCUCCACACCCAGUGUGGAACUCCGGCGUACGUCGCGCCGGAGGUCCUCCGGAGGAAGGGAUACGAUGGGGCUAAAGCUGAUCUCUGGUCCUGCGGAGUGAUUCUCUAUGUUCUUCUCGCUGGGUUUUUACCCUUUCAAGAUGAGAAUCUCAUGAAAAUGUACACGAAGGUUUUCAAGGCUGAAUUCGAGUUUCCGCCAUGGAUUUCCACCGAAGCAAGGAGGCUGAUUUCUCGGCUCUUGGUCGCCGACCCACAGAGGCGAAUCACCGUGCCGGCGAUCACUCGAGUGCCCUGGUUCCGACGAGGAUUAACAACGCCACAAGCUGAACAGAAGACUGAAGAAGAAGAAGAAGAGGAAAAAAAAGAAGAGGAACCGGGGAAGCAACCGCUGGCGGAGUCGAAGAAGUCAUCGCCGCCGUUUUACAACGCGUUCGAGUUCAUAACUUCGAUGUCGGCCGGUUUCGAUCUCUCCGGUUUGUUCGAGAGCAAGAAGACGGCGAGGCCCAUGUUCACGUCGCGGUGUCCGGCGGCGGCGAUCAUAGCGAAGAUCGAGGCUGUGGGGAAAGGGCUGAGCUUUAAGGUGGGGAAGGUGAAGGACUUCAAGCUGAGGCUGCGGAGCUCGUCGGAGGGGCGGAAGGGGUGCCUGUCCGUGACGGCGGAGGUGUUCGAGGUGGCGCCGGAGCUGGCGGUGGUUGAGUUCUGCAAGUCCUCCGGCGACACGCUCGAAUAUGCCAAAUUCUGUGAGGAAGACAUUCGGCCGGCCCUGAAAGACAUAGUGUGGACUUGGCAAGGUGACAAUUUUGACGGUAAUGUCGUCGGAGCAGAAACAGAUCAGAGCCCAUAAUCAACACCCCUCGGGGUACGGUGUUUUUGGGGGUUUUGUUUAUAACAUUGGGAUGUACCUACUGUGAGUUUUUUCGUUUUUUUUGUUUUCUUGGCUGUGAUACUUUUGAGGUUUUGCUUUAGUGUUCAGUGAAGUUGUAAGUAAAUGAUGUGUGAUCAAAUUAAAUUAAUUGUGAUGGAUAUGUUCAACAA